AUGGCCGAAUCACUUGAACAUGUGGUACCAGACCUGGUUUUGGAGAAGUUAGACUCCCUCUUAGCCCAAGGAAUUGGCCUCGAAAAGGUAUUGGACGUCGGAAGCGAGCUAAAACUGCUUCGAGCCACCUUGUCCACCAUCCAAGACCUGGUCUUAGUAGCUGAGGGGCAACCCACACAGAAAACGGAAGGCUCUGAGCUCGGAAUUUGGCUGUACGACAUCACGCAGGCUAUGGACUCUAUGCCAAGUUUGAUGGAUGAAUUGCAGCUCGAAGUUUUAGGGAGAAAAGCGGCACAAAGGACCAGGCCUGGGAGCAUUAAAAGAGAGGUAUGCAGUUUGUUCUCAAGAUCAAAUUCACUUGCAUCCACGAUUUCCCACAUCAAGGAGGUCAGGAUGAAGGUAGAGAAGAUUGCAUAUCAAAAGCCAAAUUCUAAUUCCACUGUGUAUGCUAAAAGAGUUGUAGAUAUGCAUGUGAGACCCAGACAUGUAGACAUGUAUGUGAAGCCCAGGAAGAGGGGGAUGGCGCAAUUCUCUAUUGGUGCUACAGAUAUUAUUGGGAGAGACCAGGAGAAGAAAAAUAUUAUCCAGCUCUUGAUGCAUUCAGGAGAUGGUGAGAAUGUUUCUGUCCUUCCCAUUGUUGGAGUUGGAGGUAUAGGCAAGACAACUCUGGUUAGAUGGGUGUAUGAUGAUGUACAGAUAGCUACACAUUUUCAAAAAAGAAUGUGGGUUUAUGUCUCAGAAAGCUUUAAUAUCACGAAGAUAAUUAAGGAAAUGAUUUAUUCUGCAACUGGUGAAAAGUGUGGCAAUUUAACCUUAGAUGAAUUGCAAACUCGUCUAAGACGUAUCCUAGAUGGGAAAAGGUUCUUGAUCAUCCUGGAUGACGUAUGGAAUAGAGAUCGCGAAAAAUGGCUUAAGCUGAGAGCCUUGCUAAUGGGUGGUGGUCGUGGGAGUAAAAUCGUCGUGACUACUCGUAAGAUAGGGGUCGGACCGAUAAUGGGUACUAUUCAGACGUAUGUAUUGAGCCCUCUUCCUCCUGAGGAGAGCUGGUCUUUGUUUCUGGAACACGCAUGUGUAGAAAGGCUAGAAGGACAGUCUUCAAAUCUAAUGGAAUUUGGGUACCAAGUUGUGGAGAAAUGUGGAGGAAUUCCUAUACAAGUGAGAAUGUCGGGAAACUUAAUGUAUUCUGCAAAGGAGACAGAGGAUUGGACAUCUGUGAGAGAUAAUGGAAUAUGGAGCUUAGAGCAUUUACCAGCGCUGAAGUUGAGUUAUGAAAAGUUGCCAUCUCACUUAAAACCCUGCUUCACUUUUUGUUCAAUCUUCCCAAAAAAUUCUGAAAUUCGUAGUGAUGAUCUGGUUCAGCUGUGGAUUAUGCAUGACUUGAUAAAAGCAAUAUCAAAUCAAGGUGAUAAAGAGAUGGAAGAUAUUGGCGAGGAGUACAUCAAGGAAUUAUUGGAGAGAUCCUUCUUUCAAGAUUUUGAAAAAAGAGAGCAUGGGGCUUGUUUCAGUUUUAGAAUUCACGAUCUUGUACAUGAUCUUGCAGCGUCCCUGGCACAGCAAGAGAACAUUAUGCUGACUUUUACUGCAAAAAAUAUCUCCAGAAAGAUCCGACAUGUGUCGUUUUCUGAUGAAGAUUGGUCAGGGCAUGAACAGCAAGUUCUAAAUUUUUUAGGGAAGCUGACUGAUGUUCAAACCAUUUUGUUCCCAGUCGAUGGAGUGGGGCUCAAUAGUGAAUCAAUUGUCAAUACUUGCAUUGAGAGGUUCAAAUCAAUGCAGGUGCUCGAUUUGAGUGAUUCAAGAUUUGAGGCACUGCCAGAGUCCAUUACUAGUCUAAAACAUCUGAGAUUUCUCAGUUUAAAGAGGAAUGAUAGGAUCAUGAAACUCCCUGAUUCCAUUUCCCGGUUGAAGAAUUUGCGUGCAUUGAUGCUUGGAGGAUGUUCAGAACUUUCAAAUUUGCCAAAAGGUAUGGAGCUUAUGAUCAACCUGAGGCAUUUGGAAAUAUCCACGAAAGAGGAGGCUUUGCCUGCGUUGAAUUCCUUUAAGUUUCUCAGAUAUUUGGGGGUUGUAGGAUGUGUCAAUUUGAAAUCUCUGUUUGGAGGGAGGGAAACCUUCACUGCCCUUGGAACAUUGUUCAUUCACAGAUGUCCAAGUUUGGUUUCUCUGCCAUGUGGCGUCAGACACCUAUCUGCUUUAAAGAUUCUGAGAAUCGAUGAUUGUGGGACACUUGAUUUGCUGGAUGGUGAUGAUGGCAACGUUCCAGGCUUGAAGAGUCUCAAGCUCUAG